AUGGUACCUAUAGUGCUGGACCUGCAGGACUUUCACAAGUCUUUUGCAGAAUCUGAAGGACUUUCACAAACUUUGUGCAGGAGCUACAGGACUUUCACAAGACUUGUGCGACACCUGCAAGACUUUCACAAGACUUGUGCAGGUCCUACAGGACUUGUGCAGGACAUACAAAGACUUUCACAAGAUUUUGCAGGACCUACAGGACUUAUCCAGUCUGGAGGCUCCUUGCAAAGAAAUCAUAGAAGACAUCGAAGAUUUGAUAUCUUCCCAAGACUUGACGCCCAAAGAACGCUACAGCACCAGAAAAAGUGUAAAAGUCAAAGCCAGAAAAAAAAAUGUAAGUUGAACGCGAAAAUUACCAAUCAUCUCUUGACCCAAGCUAAACAACAACAAAACAGGUUUAUCUGCAUUUUGCAUCGCGGCUAUAAUCAUUCUGCAAAAAUUUCCAAGCUAAAAACAAUGUCUGUUGCGUAUCAAUUAUUGUUUACAAUUAGUUUUAGUUUAUUUAUUUUGUGUAAAUCAGUUUAUGCUGUUCAGUGCGAGUAUAUAGAAAAUGUUAUAAGGGGCCAAGAAGAUACUGAAGGUGUCUUAAACGACCCUUUAUACACCGACCAAUGCCUUAGAGGCGAAGGCAAAGACGCCUAUACAAGCAAUGAGCUGGCUUUGAGCCGUUCCACGAUUCCAAUUUUGAAAAAACACUCAGUAAGAAACAUGCCUUGGCUUGUGGCAAUUUAUUGCAUCCAUUGUCGUAUAGAUUUAAUUGAAGCUGGAGCUUUUUAUAAUGUCCAAAACAUAACCGAAUUUGAGUUUUCUUAUGGGGUUUUAACCGAAAUACGUAGAGGAAUUUUCGAUGUGUUGCCUCACUUAGAAGUAUUAGAUUUAAGAGGUAACAAAAUCUAUAAUAUUGACGAUCUAGCUUUUGCCAAUAUGCCUGUGCUGCGUCAUUUGAACCUCAACGGCAAUGAAAUGGAGUAUUUUAAAAGAGAGUGGUUCACCAACACAAGUUCUAUUGUUACAAUUAAAUUUGUAAAAAACAAGUUGAGAACUAUACCUCCUCAAGCAUUUGUUGGCUGGGAGAUCCUUCAAAAUGCUUAUUUCGAUGACAACGAAAUCACAAUUAUUCACAGAGAUGCUUUCAAAGGAGUCAAGUUUAUGUUCAAUUUGGGCCUGAGCAACAACCGCUUGACAAAACUGGACCCUAAUAUAUUCCCCAACCCUAUUACCAUUGAAGUUUUCGAUAUAAGCACCAACAAAUUCAAUUAUUUGCCCAGGAAGACUUUGAAGCAAGUCAAAAUUGAUAGGAUUUAUCUGGAAGGCAACCCUUGGACUUGCCAGUGCUACAACAUCAUUAACUUUUGGCUGUUUUUUAUUGAUGGCACAAUUAAACCUAAUAGUGAGGAUCCAGAAUGCUACAGUCCGAAUCUUCCUGUUUGUGUCGCUGGAGUGGCUUCUACAUGCUUGGAAAGAGUGGACAGUGAUCUAACAAAUAAGUAUUUUGCUAACGAAUUCGACGAAUCUGAAGUUACUCUCCCCGUUGGCGAAAAUAUACCAGGAGUGCAAAAUAUUUACGUCAAAACUUGGGGUUGUGCUCAUAACAGUUCAGAUUCUGAGUACAUGGCCGGUCAGCUGAGCGCCUACGGUUACAAUUUGACCGAUGACAAAUCGAUGGCGGAUUUGUGGCUUUUGAAUAGUUGUACUGUUAAAAAUCCUGCCGAGGAUCAUUUCAGGAGCCUCAAUUAUUUAAAAUUGGUAUGGUUUUGUAAGACUUUUCUUGGGAAUUUGGAUCCCAAGUUUAAGCUUCUCAAACAACUGUAG